AUGACUCAGGAAACCCACGUUUUUAACAGCAUUCGAGUUACAUGCAACAAGGUGAACCUGUGCUCGUACCUGAAUUGGCAUGUGCAUUUUAAAAACCAUAUUCCCGAGGCUGAAGUAAUCAAACCGCUUCCUCCUGCGUUUUUGGAGUACCUCAGUGCUGACAGUAUCAGAUUGCCCACCUCAGCGACCGUGGAAAGAAACGAUGAUAAUGAGUAUAGUGACUGGGAGGAUGACUCAGAGCCAUCUUUGGCAGCAGAUCCAGUGGAGGGCUUCCACGACUUCCACGAGAAACUCAAGGGUAUAGUUGAUAAGUUUGGCAAGGUGCUUGUCAAGACGAACUGGUCGGCAGGGAAAGAUGCAAAGUGGAUCUUGAUUAACAACUCUUUACAAUGCACCUCAGUGAACGAUAUCUACUUACUUCUCAACUCCUCAGAUCACAUUGCCCACGAUCUAGAUCGCCAUAUGUACGAUGAAUGCGAAGAUAAGGACGAAGGCCCUUAUAUGGAGCCUGAGCUCGUGGUGAAGAAGUGGAUCUUCGACUUCAACCCUGCGCUCGAAUUCAGGAUAUUCAUCAAAGAUAAAAAGUUCUUGGGUGUUUCUCAAAGAGACCCUGGUCACUAUAUUUUUCUCGAGGAGGUCCUUCCUAAGCUAAAAGAAGCGCUCACGACCUUUCAAGCCAGCGUUGUUGCCAAAACGACUUUCCCCGCUUAUGAUUAUAUCAUGGACGUCUACAUACCGAGGCCAUACAACAAGGUGACGAUAAUCGACGUCAAUCCCUUCACUAGGAAAUGGGACCUGCUUUUGUUCACCUGGCAUGAGCUUCUUGAGAAGGAAAACGACGGUAAUUUCGAGCUCCGAAUCAUUACAGAGACCAAUAUGGGCCAUUUGGCUCGUAAGGACCACAGCGAGAGUCAGGUCCCCCUCGAGGUGGUAGGGGCGGCCAACGAUAGCCAAGCCAUGGUGGAGCUUGCCCGAGAGUGGUCUCUACUAGCAAGACAAGCUGAGCAGACGUAA